AUGACCACCACCACCACCAGCACCAUCACCAGCACCAUCACCAGCACCACCACCACCACCACCACCCGCACCAGCAGCAGCAGCAGCAGCAGCAGGAGCAGCAGCAGCAGCAGCAGCAUCCUUGCCUGUAGCGUUUCAAAGGCAAGUUCAGCGAAAGUUUCUCUGAUGGUGUUGUUUGUUAUAUUUGGUUCGGUUAUUAAGAGGCCCCGCUCCAGCCCGCAAGAACCCAAACAACGGGGCCCAGUCACCUCCUCUGCUAGACGCUCUAAACCCUGCAGCAGCAGCAGCAGCAGCAGCAGGAGUACGGGCAGGUGCAGCAGCAGCAGGAGGGGCAGGUGCAGCAGGAGGAGAGGAGGAAGAGCAGCAGCAGCAGCAGUAGGAGCAGGUGCAGCAGCAGCAGGAGGGGCAGGUGCAGCAGCAGCCGCAGUGGGAGCAGGUGCAGCAGCAGCAGCAGCAGCAGCAGCAGCAGUAGUAGUAGUAGUAGAGACAGUAGGAGCAGGUGCAGGAGGAGGAGAAACAGAGGAAGAGGUAGUAGCAGCAACAGCAGCAGCAACAGCAGCAGCAACAGCAGCAGCAACAGCAGCAGAAAUGGCAGGAACAAGAACAGCAGCAAAACAAACACCAGCAGCAACACGUACAGCACCACCAACAGCAGCAGCAACGAUAACAGCAACAGCAGCAACAACAACAAGAACAGCAGCAGCAACAGCAGCAACAGCAGCAGCAACAGCAACAAAUACAACAGCAGCAACAGCAGCACCAGCAGCAACAACAGCCGCAGUAAUGCAGCAGGAGGGGCAGGUGCAGCAGCAGCAGGAGGGGCAGGUGCAGCAGCAGCAGCAGCAGCAGUAG